CCAGUGUCGCUCUUACCUCGCCAUCUAAAUGAAACGACUCGUUGCUCAUAUAGAAGCAACUGAGGAGGUAAGUAGCGAGGAAAACAUGAGUGGCAAAUGGGAUCGAAAAGCAGCAGCGCCUAUGACCACCGUACCAUCAGUCCACUGCCUUUUUCAAAUACUGAGAAGGCAUUUUUGAACGAAGUGAAAAGUUUCCUACUCCUCUGCCUCCCAUUUUACUAAUUUUAUCAAUACAUUGGUUUGACGCUGAUAGCAUUGACAAGCAAUUAUUGGAUUCACAUAUAGAUUCUUAGCCUAGUUAUUGGAUUCUCGCUAUCCACAUUUUCCAUCUCAGCUAAUCAGCUUCCACCAUGGAAGGCCAAAAAUUCCAAAUGCAUGAGACAUCCACCAACUCACAGCUGCUUUUUUGGUUCUUUGGCAUAGCAGCAUGCAUAAAGCUCCUAUUGGUCCCAUCAUACCACAGCACAGACUUUGAGGUCCACCGACAUUGGCUGGCUUUAACCCACUCUCUCCCUCUGACUCAGUGGUACUUUGAUGAGACUAGCCCAUGGACUCUUGAUUACCCUCCAUUCUUUGCCUAUUAUGAAUACAUUCUCUCCUUCUUUGCCCAUUUGAUUGACCCUCAAAUAGUUGACAUCCACAGAGGCCUCAAUUAUAAAUCAAACACUGUAGUUUAUUUCCAAAGGAUCAGCGUGAUUGUCUCAGAUUUGUGUCUCUUAUAUGGGGUUUAUAGAUUGACUAAGAAUUUGGAGUCUAGAAAAAGAACUUUAAUGUGGGUAUUGGUGGUUUGGUCCCCAGGCCUUAUUAUGGUGGACUCUAUGCAUUUCCAGUACAAUGGGUUUUUGCUAGGGCUAUUGAUGUUGUCCAUUUCCUACUUGCAAGAAGGGAGAGAUUUGAUGGGUGGCUUCUUUUUUGCAGUUUUAUUAUGUUUUAAACACUUGUUUGCUGUAGCUGCACCAGUUUAUUUUGUGUACUUGUUGAGACAUUAUUGUUGGAAAGGUUUUUUAAGGGGUUUUGGGCGGCUUACGUCUAUGGGUGUUGUCGUCAUGGUGGUUUUUGCCGCUGCAUAUGGUCCAUUUUUGUAUCAUGGACAGAUACAACAAGUUAUCAGCCGUAUGUUUCCCUUUGGCAGGGGACUUUGCCAUGCAUACUGGGCCCCAAACUUUUGGGUGUUUUAUAUUACAUUAGAUAAAGGGCUAUCUAUCUUUCUCAAAAAACUUGGAUUGGACAUCCAAGCGCCAGCAGCUUCAUUUACUGGUGGUUUGGUGGGGGAUUCACCAUCUUUUGCUGUAUUGCCUAAGAUAACCCCCAUUGCAACCUUCAUCAUGGUCUUGCUUGCCUUAUUUCCUUGCCUCUUCAAGGCUUGGAAGAAUCCCCAGCCGCAGUUGGUUGCCAGAUGGAUCGCUUAUGCUUAUACAUGUGGCUUUUUAUUUGGGUGGCAUGUUCAUGAAAAAGCAUCGCUCCACUUUGUCAUCCCUUUGGCUCUUGUUGCAGUGCACAGUUUGGAAGAUGCAAGGCAUUACUUCUUGCUAGCCAUAGUGUCAUGCUACUCAUUGUUUCCACUUCUAUACGAGGUUCAGGAAUAUCCUAUCAAAGUGCUGUUAUUGCUAUUACAUUCAAUUCUAAUGUGGCACAGCUUUUCUGCGCAAACAACCAAGGAUCCAGCAGCUAAAAUGGCUGUAUCAGCCAAGAGAGAGAAACGAUCGAGUUCACUGGGAGCUUUAGAUGCCACUGUUGAAAAAGAAAGGAUCCUUAUUGGGUGGAUUGGGAAGUGUUACCUGUUCGGCCUUUUGGGCAUUGAAAUAUGGGGUCAGUUUUUGCAUCCAUACCUCCUUGGCGAUAAGCUUCCCUUUGUACCUCUAUUGCUUGUUUCUUUGUAUUGCGCGUUCGGAAUGAUUUACUCAUGGAUAUGGCAGCUGAGAUGUAUCAUGAUAUCCACCUGAUUUUUAAUCCCAAAGCGUGAUGUUUACAAGGUACCUGAUAAUGCAUCUUCAGCAUUUCUUUAUAAUUCAGGUUGGCUUUCAGACUGUGUUCUACAAUGUGGGUUGAUUAAGAAAAACUAGGAACUUGUACUUGAAAUUCUUGAGCUAAAAUCCACCUGCCAGUCACUGAGCCAUUGGCUCUUGACUUGCUAUUUUAGUGAGGUCACUUUUUCGUA